AUGAAGGUCCCUUCAGUAAACCUCCUAUUCACUCUUGUAACAGUGGCUUAUGCCGGCAAGAAUUCAAGAACCUUUACUGUUCUGCGAUUCAACAAUGACGCCGGAAAAUUCUCAACUGAGGGCAGAAUGGACCCAAUCAUUUCUCCGGGAGCAGCUUCCUCUCACUCACAUGGCAUCAUGGGGGGAAGCAACUUUGGAUUGAUCGUCCAAGGUGACCACUUGCUGGAUUCAAAUUGUACGAAUGCCUUGAUUAAAAAUGACAAAUCCAACUAUUGGAUCCCUGACCUUUGGUUCCGAUCUCCCACGAAUGGCACGUUCAGGAAGGUGCCCCUUUUCUACAUGAAUAUAUACUACUUCUUCGAGGAAUCCGACGACGACAUAAAGGCAUUCCCGCCUGGCCUCAAAAUGGUUAUUGGUGACCCGACAAAGCGAGAUCCUCCUGCUACCGGUGGUCUGCAACUAGACCCUACCAAGGGCAAGAUCCAACCCGUACAAUGGGUAUGCCCUGCACAAGGAAACCCUGACCGUUACCCGCCCGGGAGCGAUGGCACGCACGCCGGUCUUCAAGACCCAAACGACAAGGGUGCCGGGGCCGGGUUUCCUGUCAUCAACUGUGAUGGAUACGCUUCUCCUCUCCGCCAGGAUAUCCACUUGCCAUCUUGCUACAAUCCAAGUGUCGGCAUCGAGGACUACAAGAACAACAUGGCUUUUCCGACCGUCAGUGGCUCGAAGCAGAACUGUCCUGCCGGCUGGGUCCACGUCCCGCAUGUGUUUUUCGAGGUGUACUGGGACACGCCUCACUUCGCCAACGACUGGCAACGGGACGGCCAGCACCAACCCUUCGUGCUUGCGAACGGCGACCGUACCGGGUAUAGCUCACACGGCGACAUGAUCUCGGGCUGGGACGUGGACACUCUGCAGGCUAUCAUCGACAGCUGCGACACCGGGACCUCGGGUAUGGACAACUGUCCCGACAUCAUCGGAGGCGUCAACAGGAAUGAUAUUUGUCGGAUUAACCCGGACUUCCCGGACCCUGCAAGCGAGUGGCUGACGGUUUUGCCCGGCAAUAAUCCUGUUACGGGAUGGGAAUAG